AUGGUCAGCUGGAUGUGUGCGCAGCAGAUGCGCCGCACCCUCUAGAGGAAAUCCUUGAUGGGAUUGAGGACCCGUGGCUGCGCCUCGACCUGAUGCUGACGUACUUGCGUCAUGUACACUGCGUUUGCUACUACAGCGGGAAGGUGUACGAUGACCCGCAGCAGCUGCACUUGAACGCAACAGCUGCACACCUGAGGCCUGUAUGCCCUCCGCAUCUGCAGCAUUUCUUGCAGGAGCAGGAGCAGCAAGAUGAGAAUGCUGCUGACGACAGCAGCAGCAGCAGCAGCAGCAGCAGCAGCGGGAUCUCGCAGCAGCAGCAGCAGUGGGCGCAGCAACUCGAUCAGCGGCUGCAGGUGCUGCUGCACAUGGCAGCAAACAUGCAGCAAAACCUCCCACCUCCUUUAGAUGAGAAUGAAAGCCCUAUUAUACAGAGCAAGUGGAAUGCCUUUUGCCAAGAACACACCUCUAAAGACGCCGAAGGACGCUAUCGCUGCACAUUAUGCCAAAAGCUGUUUAAGGCUCCUUCUUUUGUUCAUCUGCAUCACCGCAAGAAACACGAAUUAGAGCUUAUCCGCAUCAUUAAUAAAUACGUGCCGCACCUGAUGAAGACGGCUUAUAUGAACGACCCCAAUAAACAUAUAACCCUUCCUAAAGAGAGACAGCGACACAGAGACAGAGACAGAGACAGAGAGAGAGACAGAGAGAGAGACAGAGACAGAGUAAUGAGGAGGCCUCCACCCCCUGCACCCGGCAUCUUCAUGCCUGGAGGAGUACCCCCCCCUCCUUUUGUGCUGCCCCCGCCACCAGCGAUGCCCCAUGUGCGAAGACAGCGCGACUGGGACUCUCCCUAUGGCCCCGGUGCUGCACCCCUCGCUUGCAGACACCUGCAGGGCCUCAAAGUUCGUACGGCACUGCUGGGGCCCCCAGGGGGCCCCAAAGCCAAAGCAUAG